CAUUAUUCUAUUGAAAAAAGAAUCAGUUUUUGUUACAUUUUAAAUUCGAAUUUUUUCGCGCCAUGUCGUAAGUACUACAAUGGUUGCCAAUUUUGUUCUUGUUUUUUUUUGUUUAUGAUUAAAUAUAAAUAAUUUAUCAAACAUCGCGAUGUUUAAAUCAUAAUAAACUAUAAACUAUUCAUCAGACAUUAUUGGAUAAUUAGUGAAGAUAGUUGCGUAUACGAGUUAUAUAAGCAUUAUGAUGAUAUCAUUAUCUAUUACAUCGUUCUCAGACAACGUAGAGCAACGAGAGAAAAUUUACAGUAUUGAGUUUCUACAUGAAUCAAUUUCCAGAUAGGCAUUCAUAACUAUAUGUUUCAUCUAAGCUUGCUAUUUUGUAUAAAGCAUACAACACCUAUAUACAAUUAUAAUCAAAAUACUUAUAUGUGCUCCAAAAAUUGAAUAACUUUAAUAUAAUUGAUCAUAAUUCAUAUUUGUUUUAUCUUACAUAAUAUUUUGUUAUAAUUUCUAUUGUUAAUCAGUUUAAAUAAAAUUCUUAUUAGGAAAAUAUAUUCCCGUUUUUUUAUAAGUAUUUAGUUAACUACUAUCUACAUUCGAUCUCGUAUAGUCUUAUUACACUUCGACGUAUAUGUAUUUAAAUGGUGACUGUUUCAAUGUUUAUCCAAUUGAUGCAGUUAUGAUAAAGAGAUAAUAAGAUUAAUAUAUAAUAUUGUUUUUAUUCACAAUAAACAUCUAUAAUAAAAAAUAUUAUCUCGUAAUAAUAUAGAGAAAUGGUAUUUCUUACACAUAUUUUAGGUUAUGCUAUAAAGGUACCUAGAAAACAUUUACGCGAAGGAUUCAUAGAUUCUUUGCGUCUUACUGUAAGAGGAGGUGCUGGAGGAUCUGGUCUUCCUCGGUAUGGUGGAAAAGGUGGUUCAGGUGGAAAUGUUUAUGUCGUGACAAAAGAAGAAUUGACGUUAAGGAAUGUUAAAAAGAAGUGGAAAAAAAUAAAUAUACAUGCUGAAACAGGCACUAACAGUUCCAUGAAAGGAAUUUUAGGAAAAUCUGGUAAUGAUAUAAAUAUUGAAAUUCCUUGCGGUGUAACUAUCCUUGAUGAUAAUGGUUUAAAGUUAGGAGAAUUGAAUGAAGCUAAUUUAAAGUUAUUAGUGGCAAAGGGUGGUCUAGGUGGUUGUCCAGAAACAGGAUUUUGUGGUCAGAAAGGGCAAAGUAGAACAAUAAUACUUGAUUUAAAACUGAUUGCUGAUGUGGGUUUAGUUGGAUUUCCUAAUGCUGGAAAAAUUACUACUUUAAAGCCACAAUUAGGUACUAUGGUUUACGAAGAUCAUAGACAAAUAACAGUUGCAGAUUUACCAGGUUUAAUCGAAGGUGCACAUGCUAAUAUUGGAAUGGGUCAUAAAUUUUUAAAGCAUGUAGAAAGAACAAAGUUACUUCUAUUUAUUGUAGAUAUUCAAGGUUUCCAAUUAUCCGUUCAUAGUCCUUAUAGAACCUUUUUAGAAACAAUUAUUUUACUAAACAAAGAAAUUGAACUGUACAAACCAGAUUUGUUAGAUACAUCUUCUAUGCUUAUAAUAAAUAAGAUGGAUACAGAUAAUGCUGAUAAAAUUUAUGAUGAUAUAAAAGAAAAGUUGGAAGAUUUAGCAAAUGUUGCUUCAGAAUAUCCGGAAGAAAUAAGACCUAAUCAUGUUAUAGAAUUUGAUGAUAUUGUUACAGCAUCAUUGGCUUUAAAAAAGAAAAAUGAAAUUGAAAUGAUUAAAGAGAAAAUACGAAGUAUACUUGAUAUUAAUCAAGAAAAAGAAUUAAUAUUAAACAAAGAAAUUGUAUCUAAUUCUGAGUUACAUGAAAAACUAAAACAGCAAGUAAAGCAAUAUGGCCCUACACUUGUAUAA